CUUUGGAUGUGUGAAUUGUGGCCAUGCACCACAAUUUAAGCGGUUCACUUUUGAGCCGCGAGUGCCGUAUUUUCCCUUUUUGUUUUAAUUUAAGAAUUCAAUACGUCUUUAUGACAACGACAAGACAACCGUGUGAUGACAUAGAAUUCAUUGCUCACUGUCAUUGAUGGCGAUGACAUAAAAGUCACAAGUCACUAAAAAUAAAACAAUAAUUUUAAUGAAAAUAAAAUGUUAAGAUCGCGUUUGAACUUAGUAGAAUCGACCGAGGAACUAACGCAUGGAGAAUAUGGGGAGGAAGGCGGUGAAAUUAGCGAGUCCAGAGACGAGGCGGUCGUCGAGGAAGAGAAGAUUGUGUAUCCAAGUCGACCAGUAAGGAGACACGACAUUAUUGCAGGACUUGGCUUACUCGGGAAGACUGCCGAAGGCGAUGGGUAUACCUACUUAAAGGUGACAUUAAACGGUCUCAAGUUAACUGAUUUGUCGUUAUUGACAAGCUACAAACACCUGCAGUAUGUUGACGUAUCAAAUAAUAAUCUCGAAUCGGAGGCCUUACAAGUUCUUGCGGAUCUACCAUUUUUAGUUCUCGUGCACGCAGACAAGAACGUAUUGCACUCCGCAGCUUUAAAGAGAAUGAAGUACCUUCAAGUUCUUAUCAUGAACCACAACCUUAUCACUUCCGUGAACGAUGUAUACCAGCCAGAACUAUGUACCCUAGAAGUGGGAUACAACAAGAUAAAUAGAGUCACAUUCACCAACAAAAUGCCGCAUAUUAAAGUGUUAGAUUUCCGCUAUAACUUCAUUGAGGAUAUUGCGGACUUUAACUUUUCCAAUUUAGACAGUUUGUAUUUAGCAGGAAAUAAAAUAACUAGUCUUCAAGGAUUAGAGAGACUCGUGAACUUGAGGAUUCUGCAUAUGCGAAAUAAUCCUAUAAAAUCCUUGGAUGGAUUCCAUGAGUGUCUAACCAAAUUGCAAUAUGUUAACUUGAGGAAUUGUAAAGUAUUAACAUUGCGACAAGUUAAAAAGCUCAAGGUGUUAAAAUCUUUAGAGACUUUGGUGAUGAAAGGUUGCCCCUACAUGGGAGGGGCAGGCGAGGAGAACCCAGAAGUGGCCCAAGAAGAGGAGGAUGCAGAACUAAGAUUGGAAAUACUGGCAACACUACCACGCCUCAAGAGAAUCAAUAAGGGAGUUGUCACCCCAGAAGAAAGAACUGAAGCCAAAGAUUUAAUUACACAAUGGAUUGAAGAAGGGGAAAAAGAUGAUGACGAAAUCGAAGAUGAACAUGAAGAACAGUCAAUAGUCGAAGACUGAAUUAUUUUGCUUGCACAUUAGCUUUACAUUUAUAAAGAAAUAAAUAAAUUUACUAUUUGCA